AUUUUGGUAUAACAUGCCCGGAACCACUACAAGUCUGGAGGCGUUCCUCCAUUUACUGAAUGGCCAGAUAGGGAGCGGCAUACUGUCUAUGCCCGCGGCGUUUGGAUUAUCAAAUAAGAUAGGAUGGUGGAUUAGUAAUUGCGUCAAUCUGCACCCCUAUAAUCGAGUAAAUGAAUACAUAUGCGAUGAACUGGAGCUACCCGUACAGGACUAUGAACAGGUCGCCGAGCUAACAGUUGCACAUGGACCGCCAACAUUACGUAGUUGGGCUAAAACGGCCAGGUUCAUAACAUCACUAUUCAUAGUGGCCAGUCAGUUGGGAGCCUGUGCUGUGUACUACCUAUUUAUUGCCGAGAAUUUAAAAGCUGGCAUGCCACUAUACCGCACAAUGGCCAACCCUAAGGCAUUCGCCCGUCCCAUAGUAGGCGUAGUAGACCUGGUUAACAUCAUUAUAAUUAGCCUGAACUUUCUACUCGGCCUAUUGGGAUACCUGAAAUAUGGUGAUGAUGUAGGCGCUAGUGUCACACUAUCCCUGCCUAAUGAACCCAUUUUCCAAAGUGUCCAGUUGAUGUACGCGUUUGCCGUACUAAUGACAUACCCGAUCACC